UUCUAAUUGUGUUCUGAUGGUUUUAUUUAAUUUUGCAUGCUAUUCCUGCAGGUCUUAUAUUAUGCAGAUGACUGGUGGAGAAAAUGGAUGAAGAUGUAACGGCUCUCUCUCUCCAUUCCCAUGAGCCCAAGAUCAUAUUCCAUGGGACAGAGGUUGAUGGAGAAGACGAGGUGGUGGUUGAACUGCAGGAGUCAGUUCUGGUGUCUGAUGUGGAGGGUGAGAAGAUCGCGGUGCAUGGCCUCGUCCAUGAGGAGCUGGUCAUCCAGGAAGCCGUCGAGGAUGUGGUGGCGGAGUACAUGCCAUGCACAGAUGAAGACGAAGAACUUGGCGCCAUUGCUGUGGAGACCUGUGUGAUGUCACCCGAUGAUGUGGCUCUGGAGGAAGAAGGACUGCAUGUUGAUGUGGUGACCGACGCUCAGGUACAGGAGGAUCCUGACACCUGUGGAGACUACCUCAUGAUCUCUUUGGAUGAGGCUGGAAAGGUGGUUUCCGACGAGGAUGCUAAGGUUACUAUCGAGGGGACUUUAGAAGACCCUGAGGAUGUGGAGAAGGAUGAUGAGGGUCAAGAGGUCAUCAAAGUGUACAUCAUCAAGGCGCACCCAGAGGAGGAGGGCUUGGGAGGCACUGUUGACAUAGGAGACACAGAGCUUGAUGUUGAUGAAACCGUGGAGCUGGUGGAUCCUUCUGGAAUGCCGAUAAGAGAAAAGAUGGUGUACAUGUCAAUGGAUGAAGCCAAUCAAAACCAGGAUGAUAUCAAUGUGGCUAAAAUUACAGAUGAGGUUUAUAUGGAAGUGGUGGUAGGGGGUGAGGACCCUGGCGGUGCUCAGCGGACACUUGACAGUGCUUCGCUCAACAAGGACUUCAUGCCUGUGGCUUGGGCAGCUGCUUAUAGUGGGGAGGAGAGUGAAAGCUGUGAGAACAGGAAUGGAGCAGCCAGUGCUUUACUUCAUGUUGAUGAGUCUGAAAUGAUCGAAAGACUCGGCCGUCAGCGGAGCAAGAACAGGAGCAAAAAACGUUCUGAACUCCGUCAUGUUCAGACAGCAAUCAUCAUUGGACCUUACGGCCAGCCUCUUACCGUUUACCCUUGUAUGCUCUGUGGGAAGAAGUUCAAGUCGCGUGGUUUCCUCAAGCGCCACGCCAAGAAUCACCAUCAGAAUGUCGUAAACCGAAAGAAAUACCAGUGUACAGACUGUGAUUUCACCACUAACAAAAAAGCCAGUCUCCACAACCACAUGGAGAUCCACACCCUCAGCAGUAAAGCGCCAUUUGAGUGUGAAGUCUGCGGAAAAGAGUUUCACCAGCAGGCGACGCUGCUCUCUCACCACCUGCAGCACCACCACCGGGAAUCCAAACUUCAGAUCCCACCGCCCGCCACCAAAAUGCACAAAUGCAAGUUCUGCGAAUACGAGACGGCAGAACAAGGACUUUUAAACCGACACCUUCUCGCCGUUCACAGCAAGAAUUUCCCGCAUAUCUGCGUGGAGUGUGGGAAGGGUUUCCGGCAUCCUUCAGAGCUGAAAAAACACAUGAGAACCCACACCGGUGAGAAACCGUACUCCUGCCAUUACUGCGACUACAAAUCGGCCGACUCGUCCAACUUAAAGACACACGUGAAGACCAAGCAUAGCAAAGAGAUGCCCUUCAAGUGUGAGCGCUGUUUCCAGACGUUUGCCGAACCCGACGAGCUGUUACAACACGGACUGACACACGAGGAGGCCAAAACGCACCAGUGCUCCCACUGUGAGCAUAAAAGCUCCAAUUCCAGUGACCUGAAGCGCCACGUCAUUUCAGUUCACACCAAAGACUAUCCACAUAAAUGUGAAGUAUGUGGAAAAGGCUUCCACCGGCCGUCGGAGCUCAAAAAGCACUCGGCUGCCCACAAGGCUAAGAAGUUACACCAGUGCCGGCAUUGCAAUUUCAAAAUCGCAGAUCCAUUUGUUCUCAGUCGGCAUAUUUUGUCAGUGCACACCAAGGAGCAGCAGGCCUUUCCUGACAAAAAGGGUCUUAAAAAGCCAUUUGGACAAGGUGCUCAUGGAGGUAAGAGAAUUUUAGGGGGUGCCGGCUUGUCCAAGGGCCACCGGGAGCGCCGGGUUUACCAAUGCCAGUAUUGCGACUACAGCACAGGCGACGCGUCUGGUUUCAAGAGGCACGUGAUCUCCAUUCACACCAAAGACUAUCCUCACCGAUGUGACUUCUGCUCGAAAGGUUUCCGCAGACCGUCGGAGAAGAAUCAGCACAUUAUGCGGCAUCAUAAAGACCUAAUGCCUACCAUGUGACCUUUGCAAUCAGAAACCCAUUAGGAAAAGCUCUGUUCUGAUGUGGUCUUCAAGCUGAUCCAUGAUGGUACAGACAGGCUGAAAGUGCAAGGAAAUACAGAAGAAGAAAAAACAACCAGUAUGUCCAGUUGCAAGUUACUCUGCUGUAAAGUUCAAAUCAAUGUUCUAAAAAUACAUUUUUUAAAGUUGAACCAACCUUUUAUGAGAGUCUAAAUCUGCUGACGAGCUUUAGAUUAAUUGAGAAAAUAGAUCAACUUGCGUACUAAUCCAUCUAGGGUGGACAACGUGCAUACCGUGUAGUUUUAUGUUGGCGUAUAAAUUUGAAUUAUGACUCCUGUAUUGCAUGUUACACGAAACAAGUCUGAACCGCUUUGGUGAUUGUGGCGUGUUUGUGCACAUGCGUUUACAAGUACAAAAGUCUUGAGAAUAAGGCAUUGAUUGACUCCGUUGGCUUUAAACUACGGUGCUCAUGCUUUAUCAAUUGGUAUCUUAGCUUCAGAUGAGCAGAAUGUCUAAUUAAAGAGAACUGAAAAACUCAGCUUAUGCUGUGGCUGCUAAAAAGAAA